CUUAACUUCGACCGAGAUUAAAAUAAUCACUGGAUCGGUUUCCCGAUAAUAAUUGCCAUUUUCAUAUCAAUAUCGUUUGAUAUAAAUAAGAAUCAACUACCUAUUAUAAUUUAAUAAUUUCAUUAUGUCUUAUAGAAAUAACGAUUGCAGAAUUUACGUUGGUAAUUUGCCUCCUGACAUACGUACUAAAGACAUCGAAGAUUUGUUUUAUAAAUUUGGAAAAAUAACAUUUAUUGAUCUGAAAAAUAGACGCGGGCCUCCUUUUGCAUUUGUAGAAUUUGAAGAUCCUAGAGAUGCGGAAGAUGCAGUUCAGGCUAGAGAUGGAUAUGAUUACGAUGGUUACAGAUUACGAGUUGAAUUUCCUAGAGGAAAUGGCCCUGGACGGGGAAUGGGAGGUGGAGGAGGCGCUCCUCGAGGAAGAGGGCGUGGACCUCCUGCAAGACGUUCUCAACAUCGAGUGAUUGUUACAGGUUUGCCUUCAACUGGCAGUUGGCAAGAUUUAAAAGAUCACAUGCGUGAAGCAGGUGAUGUUUGCUAUGCUGAUGUUCAUAAGGAUGGAACAGGAGUUGUUGAAUUUUUAAGAUAUGAAGAUAUGAAAUAUGCUGUUAAGAAGCUAGAUGAUUCUAGAUUCCGCUCUCAUGAGGGGGAAGUUGCUUAUAUUAGAGUAAAGCAAGAUUAUGAAAGUCGAUCAAGAAGCCGCAGUUAUUCGCCUCGACGUACAAGAGGUUCACCGACAUACUCUCCAGCCAAUCGUUCAAGAUCUCGUUCUCGCUCACGAUCCAACUCAUAGACAUUUAUCGAGACUGUGGACUCAUACCCAAAACUGAUUUUUUGCAAAACAUGGAGAGGAAAAUCAAAUAAAUUAUGGAGAGGAGCAUUAAGGAGCUCAAAAUUUUUAAAGGAAUCCUAAUAUUUCAAGCAGGAUGGAAAGGAAGGCAUUUCAUUCUGCAAAUUUAGGCUAAGAAUUAAAUUGCCGGAAACCUUGAUAUUCAAAGGAAAGCCGCCCUUGCGAGGAUUCAUAGGAUAAUUCUGCGCUUAAAGGAAAUUGCAUUCAUAAAGCCAGGAAUCCCAUCAGGAAUUUUUUAAAGUCUAUUAGGUAUCAUGUUUGAAAACAAACCGUUAAAUUUGGAACUUGCAAUUAUUAAGAUGUUUGUUUACAUGAUGCAGGAAAUUUUUACUUUUUAAAGGAAUGAGCUAGCAAGGAAUCUCAAAAUAUUGUAUGCUGCCUUAUCCAAUUUCUAUUGGAUAAGGCACUUGAAACAUAGUUGAUGUCCCGUUAAGGAUUCUCAGGAUAUUAUCUGCAUUUAAAAGGAUAAGAUUGUCAUGGCAAGAAAAAAACAUAGUGUGCUUAAAUUAUUCAGCAUUGUGCUUGAAUGUGAAUUCAUAAUUUUGGAAGCAGAUAAUGGAUUUUCAAUUUGGAUAAAGUGCCCUUUGCACUCAUUAAACUUGGAUCAUCGUUCCAAAGUUUUGUGUGCUUUUAUUACACUGUGGCCUUGCUUGGACUUAAUUAAAAAAAAUUUGAAGUGCAUAGGAAAACAAUUAAUGCUUAAUAGUUUUUGGAUCAGAAUUCUGGAUCAAGUCCUGGAUUCGCUAAAAGUGCCCAUGGGAGGAUAUUAAUUUAAUGUUCAAGAUAGGAUACCUAAUUCUGGUCUCAGGAUAAGGAGGACACAUAACUUAACUCUGGAGUGGAUACAUAAUUUAGGUAUGGCUAAACACAAUUAACCCUAACUUCAAAAUCACAACUUGCAUGCUGUAUAAAAUAAUUUAAAGUUUAAAAAAAAAAAAUCAUGAAAUAUUAAGUGAUGUAAAAAAUUUAUCACCUGCCAAUUCAUCAGUUUCUAUUGAAUUUAUAUAACUAAAUAUACUUGAUACUUUUUCA